UUCCUCGUGGGCUUCCGCGUGACGGUGGGAAGCUUGAUCGAAAAGGCGAAAAAUAGAAGAGAAGAAGCCGAGACACGAAAGAGGGGUAGAGAGAGAGAGAGAGGGUGGGAGAGGAGAGGAAGAGGAUGGUGUUCAACAGCCGGUGGGUUGCGGCGGUGGCGACGGUGUCGGCGGAUGCGUGUCAAUACGUAGCGUGCAACCCAGAGCGGUUGAGCAGCGAGCAGGUGCUGGAGCUCAUCUGCUGUCUUCCCCUCCACCAACUCCGUCGCCUCGCCCUCUGCCUCUUCUCCUUCUUCUGCUUCCCCGUCGCCGAGCCCCCGCCACGCCGCCGCUUCUACGCCUACCGCCGCUCCUUCUCCUCUUCCUCCUCCUCCUCCUCAUCCUCCUCAUCCGACGCCUACGACUCCGCCGGCUACGAUUCCCAUUCCGACUGAAAACGAAUCUUUCCUCUCCUCCCGCUGUACAGAUAGUAUCUCCUCCUCCUUCUUCUUCUUCUUUUCGUCCUGCCCUUCUAAUUGGUUUUCUUGUUACGGCAUAGGGGAAACUUGUUCUUGUUUUUGUUUGACGCAUUGUUAUUUGAAUGGGGUUUGGAUGACGAGCGUCAUUGUUGUAUUCAUAGUUGUUCUGUCUGCUGGUUGUUGGAUAUUGUAGCUAGCUCUGUAAUUGUUGGAUUAUUGGAUUGCCCUCUUCACGUAAUUAUCCUUGCCUUUGAUGUUGGAUUAAAUACUUAUUGCG